AUGUCCACAAUCAUGUUGCAGAGGAUUGAACUUCUCGAAAACCUCGCUGUUCUCGGUCUCUGGCUCCAACGGACGGUCGCCAACGGCCAAAGUCACGGCAGGCCGUUCUCUGAUCGGCUCGCCCUCCGCGUAGCCAGCAGGAAGGUAUCUGUGCAUUCUCAGAACGUGCUCACUGAUCUUUCUGUCUUUAUCGUCGGAAAUCUCGUCCGUCACCACGAACAGCAAGUCGAAACGCGAAAGAAGCGAGUCCGGAAGAGCAAUGUUCUGCUGUGGGGACUUGAAGGUAUCAUAUUGGCCGUAGAUCGGGUUGGCAGCUGCAAUCACAGAACAUCUUGCGUUCAAAGACGUGUGGAUUCCGGCCUUGGAAAUGGUGAUGGUCUGCUGCUCCAUGACUUCGUGGAUAGCAACACGGUCGACGUCGCUCAUCUUGUCGAACUCGUCGAUACAAACGACACCUCGAUCCGCAAGAACCAUCGCACCGGCCUCCAGCCGUCUUUCUCCCGUCUCCUUGUCGCUGGUAACUGCGGCAGUCAAACCGACACCAGACGAACCACGUCCGGUGGUGGCAAUAGCCAGAGCAGCAGUGUUCAGAACAAACCGAAGAAUCUGCGACUUGGCAGUGGAAGGAUCUCCCACCAUCAGCAAGUUGAUGUCUCCACGAAGAUGUGUUCCGUUGGCCAGGUUUUUCUCUGUUCCUCCAAGAAGCAUCAACAGCACUGCUUUUUUGAUGUGGUCAUGGCCGUAAAUAGAUGGAGCAAGCGACUGCGACAGAAUGUCAAAUACAUCUUUUUUCUUGGCCAGCUUAUUGAUGUCUCUGACAUCGAAAUCUGUGAUUUUCUCCACCGCUUGCACCGAAGACGACCGAGCAUGCAGCGGAUACAAAGAGUUACCCAAGAUGACCACUUUGAAAGCCGAGCUGUUGUUCUGGCCUCCUCCCAGCGACCGGAAAACACCGAUGAUCUGUACUCUAUCACCAGGCUUGACCUUGUCGACCAAGUCGUCGUCCAAAAUCACGUCCACGGACCGAGGAAGUUGUCCCGCUGGAGCAAACUCCGGCAGUUCCUGGAUAGCAACGGUCUGGUGGUCUCUGUACUUGGAAUAACCGUACUCUGUGAUCAGCUUGUUCCCGUCCGGGUCCUCGGUGGGGUAAUUCGCCGAGGUGGUGAUCGGAUUGAAACUGGUAGUUUGGUCUCUAUAUUCACGAGCGUGAAAUUUUUCGGUCGCGUCACAGUAAUGAACAGACUUGAUGAUCUUUGGACGGAUCAAAGACGCCCUUGUGACGAUUCCUUCAAUGGAAACCAUCUUGGAAAGGAAAGACGAGUUGAUCGACCGAGGAGACAAUUGAUGAGACCCAAAGGCUCCACGGAAAGCCAAAUAAAAGUCGGAAUCCUGAGUGAUGUCCAUCUGAGAAUACUCGUACGUGUUGAAAAGUGCUAG